CGAUCUUUGCCUCUGGGCUGGCUUGUGCCAAUUCUGGAGGGCGUGGACUGAAAGGCAGAAGACGGACAGACCCGGUGGCCAAGGCCUUCAUGCUGAUGUGCCGUGGGGUCCUUUUCAGCUCUGGCAGAGUUUCUAGCAUUGCGUUGCACCAGGACCUGCAUUGCUAGUAACAUCCCAGGAAAGUUGGAAAUGCUGGGGUCUUCGGAGAGGUUUCAGACCCAGGAAAUCCUGCAGUAGUUGCCGGGUAGCAAGGAGAGAUGUGAUGGUUGCUGGUACAGCGGUUGAGAGCCCAGGUUUCCUCGUCUGUGAGACUGAUUGCCUGAGGGAAGAGCGUCUCCGGGGCUGAGGAGUGGGACAGGUGUGCAAAGCCGGUGGCAGGUCUGAGGCUGGUCAGUGAGAUGAGUGAGGCUUGCUUUUGCGUGGCUGGAGGGGGUGUGGAAAGAUGCCUCACACCUGCGAGGCUUCAGGGCUUCCACCGAGUUGCCCUGGGCUUCCCUCAAAGUCACGGGACACUCCCCGCAGCUGGAGAGAGCAGAACCCAGGAAGGGGCCCUGGACCUUCUGAAGAAGCUGAACGGUUGUCAGAUGUCGAUCCAGCUGCUGCAGACCACCAGGAUUGGAGUCGCGGUCAAUGGAGUUCGCAAGCACUGCUCAGACAAGGAGGUGGUGUCCUUGGCCAAAGUUCUCAUUAAAAACUGGAAGAGGCUGCUGGACUCCCCUGGAACCACCAAAGGAGAGAGAGAAGACAGAGAAAAAGCAAAGAAGAAAGAAAGGGGGCUCGGUUGUUCAGACUGGAAGCCAGAAGCAGGUCUCUCUCCACCAAAGAAGAAAGGAGCGGAAGAGCCCAAAAACAGGAGAGACUCUGUAGAGUCCAGGUCAUCCAUCACCUCCUCUCCGAAAAGGCCGUCGGUGGAAAGAUCCAACAGCAGCAGAUCUAAAGCGGAAACUCCCAAGACCCCCAGCAGCCCCUCAACUCCCACAUUUGCCCCUUCUGUCUGUCUCCUGGCCCCCUGCUAUCUCACGGGGGACUCUGUCCGGGACAAGUGUGUGGAGAUGCUGUCAGCAGCCCUGAAGGCAGAAGACGAUUUUAAGGACUAUGGAGUCAACUGUGACAAGCUGGCCUCUGAAAUAGAAGACCAUAUCUACCAGGAACUCAAGAGCACGGAUAUGAAGUACCGGAACCGUGUGCGCAGCCGCAUCAGCAACCUAAAGGACCCCAGGAACCCAGGCCUGAGGCGGAACGUGCUCAGUGGGGCCAUUUCCCCAGAGCUCAUCGCCAAGAUGACAGCAGAGGAAAUGGCCAGUGACGAGCUGAGGGAGUUGAGGAACGCCAUGACUCAAGAGGCCAUCCGUGAGCACCAGAUGGCCAAGACAGGCGGCACCACCACCGACCUCUUGCGCUGUAACAAGUGCAAGAAAAAGAACUGCACUUACAACCAGGUGCAGACACGCAGUGCCGACGAGCCCAUGACCACCUUUGUCUUAUGCAAUGAAUGUGGGAACCGCUGGAAGUUCUGCUGACUGAACCACCCACCAGGAUGGCAGUGGACAAGGGGAGGAAGAACAAGCAGGAAGCACAGACCAUGUGACCCGGAGCAAAAAUAAAAACUCAAAUGAAGGAAAA